UCUGUCUCUCUCUCUCUCUCUCUCUCUCUCUCUCUCUCUCUCACACACUCACACUGACACUGUCUCGGCUGUUCACAUUCACAGAUAGAAGUACCAAGAAAAUAAUCGUUCAUUGAUUCAUCGCAUCGGACAGCAUGGCCUCUGGUGUCACAGUCAAUGAUGAAGUGCUCAAAGUCUUCAAUGACAUGAAAGUGCGGAAGUCCUCGGGCUCAGACGAGGUGAAAAAGCGCAAAAAGGCAGUGCUGUUCUGCCUCAGCGACGACAAGAAGAAGAUCAUCGUAGAGGAGGGCAAGCAGAUCUUAGUGGGAGACAUUGGAGAAUCUGUCGACGACCCCUACGCCUGCUUCGUCAAGCUCCUGCCUCUUAAUGACUGCAGAUACGGCUUAUAUGAUGCCACUUACGAAACGAAAGAGUCUAAGAAAGAAGACUUGGUAUUUAUAUUUUGGGCCCCUGAAGGUGCGCCGUUAAAAAGCAAGAUGAUAUAUGCUAGCUCAAAAGAUGCCAUUAAGAAGAAGUUUACAGGUAUCAAACACGAAUGGCAGGUUAAUGGUUUAGACGACAUUCAGGACCGCUCCACCCUGGCAGAGAAGUUGGGAGGAAGUGUGGUCGUAUCGCUGGAGGGGAGACCGUUGUAAACCCAACAGCCAUGUGCCAUCUGGAUUCCACACGCUUUCAUCUUAGCAGCUGUCUCUAUCAUUUGAUCCUGAAGGAAUAGUCCUAGUUUGUCUUUAUUCCCUUUUCUUUUCUUUUCUUUUUUUCACAUUAAGGAGAUCUCAUUAACAUAUGCAAAAAACAAACAAAAAAACUCUACCAGCUGAAUGCCAGCUUAAUUUUGCAGUUCAUAUUAGUUUUUGUAUGUCCCCAAAGAACGUUCUGUCUCCCUCUGUGUGUUUUGCCAAACGACAGUAGAAAGCUCGGAUGUUCACAUAUAUUAACCAGCACAAACUCAGUUGAUAUCUUCAUCAUGUAUCUUCAGAGGUAUUCUAUUAUGCUGUCAGAGAACUAUAUGAGAAUGCUGUAUGUUAAUGCCUCACAGCAAUGCAU